CCGAUGGCAUCUUCAGCUCCUUCAUCUUCGAGCGCGAGUCAAGACUCCAACUCAACAAAUUUACGGCCGGCGGACAGAAACACAACUUAUGACACUUGGUGUGGAGUUGCUCACGGAUGUACAAGAAAACUUGGUCUGAAGAUCUGCGGUUUUUUGCAAAGGACCAACAGCAUCGAGGAUAAAAGCAGGAACGUAAAUUCUAUGAAAGAUCGUCAAUCCUCCAGGAAUCUGAAUACCAGCGAAAACAGCGAAAGGGACUCGAUAUUCAGGCGCACGGAGACGGAUUUUUCCAAUCUCUACGCCAGAGACUUGUUACCAGCAAAAAAUGGAGAAGAGCAGACCACCCAAUUCCUUUUGGAAGUGGUCGACAUUCUCCUCAAUUACAUCAAGAAAACUUUCGAUAGGUCCACGAAAGUACUCGACUUCCAUCAUCCCCAUCAGCUCCUGGAGGGAAUAGAAGGUUUCAACCUGGAGCUUUCAGACAAUCCUGAAUCUCUAGAGCAGAUUUUGGUGGACUGCAGGGACACACUCAAAUAUGGCGUUCGUACAGGGCACCCUCGCUUCUUCAACCAACUCUCAUCUGGUCUUGACAUUAUCGGCUUGGCUGGAGAGUGGCUCACGUCAACAGCUAACACUAACAUGUUUACAUAUGAAAUAGCACCAGUUUUUGUCCUAAUGGAACAAAUCACACUGAAGAAAAUGCGAGAGAUAAUUGGUUGGCCCAAUGGGGAUGGUGAUGGAAUCUUUUCACCUGGAGGGGCUAUAUCAAACAUGUAUAGCAUAAUGGCAGCUCGCUACAAGUAUUUCCCAGAUGUUAAAGCCAAAGGGAUGAUAGCAGCUCCUAAACUGAUUCUGUUCACAUCAGAAAAUAGUCAUUAUUCAAUAAAGAAGGCUGGGGCUGCCCUUGGUUUUGGAACAGACAAUGUGAUUUUAUUAAAAUGCGAUGAAAGAGGAAAAGUAAUGCCAUCAGAUCUGGAAGCAAAAAUUAUUGAAGUUAAACAAAAGGGUUAUAUUCCAAUUUAUGUUAAUGCAACUGCAGGAAAUACAGUAUAUGGUGCAUUUGACCCCAUUGAAGAAAUUGCCGAUAUAUGUGCUAAGUAUAAUCUUUGGCUCCAUGUUGAUGCUGCAUGGGGAGGUGGACUUCUGAUGUCCAGAAAGCAUCGCCAUAAACUGAAUGGUGUUGAACGGGCCAAUUCAGUCACUUGGAAUCCCCACAAGAUGAUGGGAGUUUUGUUGCAGUGUUCAGCAAUUCUUGUCCGAGAAAAGGGUAUUCUCCAAGGAUGCAAUCAGAUGUGUGCGGGCUAUUUGUUCCAGCAAGAUAAACAGUACGAUGUUUCCUAUGAUACGGGAGAUAAAGCAAUACAGUGCGGCCGUCAUGUGGACAUUUUCAAGUUUUGGUUGAUGUGGAAGGCGAAGGGCACAGUAGGAUUCGAAAACCAAAUUAACAAGUGCCUGGAUCUGGCAAUGUACCUCUACAACAAAAUUAGAAAGAGGGAUGGAUAUCAAAUGGUAUUCGAUGCAGAACCGGAGCACACUAAUGUUUGUUUCUGGUACAUUCCACCAAGUUUCCGAAAUAUGCCGGAUUGUGAGGAGAGAAAGGAAAAACUUGGCAAGAUUGCACCAAAAAUAAAAGCACAGAUGAUGGAAUGUGGCACUACGAUGGUUGGAUAUCAGCCUCAAGGAGAUAAAGCGAACUUCUUUCGCAUGGUCAUCUCAAACCCAGCUGCAACAAAAUCUGACAUUGACUUCCUCAUUGAUGAGAUAGAACGAUUGGGGCAGGAUUUGUAACACGUUAACUUGGUUUAUUUACCAUCUCCAUUAAUGUUUUCUCCUGAAACUGGUUACAAUGUACAACAAAUCUGUUUUGUUUAAAGAUCUGUGCAACACAUUGCAGUACUGUCAGGCAAUCUGUAAACCCAUUCUUUAGCCAAUGAAUAUUUA